GUGGGGGUGAGGGCCGGUUCCGUCCGGUCCGGUCCGGUCCCCGGCGGUUUUCCCGUGUCGGGGUGAAGCGGCCGCCCCCGGUCUCCGUCCGUAUGGGUGUGGGCCCGCGGCCCCCGCCGGCCCCGGCCCCCCGCCUGGCCCCCGAGGCCUUGGCCUACUUCCGCCGGGCCCAGGAGGCGCUGAACCAAACCCCCGACGGAGGACCACAGCGGGGGCUGCUGGUGCGGAACGUGCUGGAAGAGGCCGGGACGCAGGCCCUGGCCCUGGCCACGGACGGGGCCGGCAGCGCGGUGCUGCAGGACCUGCUGGCCCUCAGCCCCCCGGCCCCGCUGUGCCGGCUGCUGGCCGCCCUGCGUCCCCACCUGCGCCUGCUGGCCUGUCACCGCAGCGGGGCCCACGUGCUGCAGAGCGCUCUGCUGCAGGUGCCCCGCCUCCUGGGGACCCCCCGCCCGCAGAAGGAAGGCCCGCAGGACGACGACGAGGACGACGAGGACGACGACGACCACCGCGGCCACGAGAGCUUGGAGGACCUGGUGCUGGGCCUGGGGGCCGAAGUGCGGGACGCCUUCCCCGUGUUCAGCGGGGACACCCACGGCAGCUUCGUGGUCAGGACCCUGCUGCAGGUGCUCGGGGGGACCGUCCUGGAGGCCGAGGGAGCCCGGCCGCGCGGCCCCCGGCCUCGAGGACGCCGUGCCCCGGCGCGGGACUCGCGGGCCACUGACUUCGCGGUGCCGGACGCUUUCCUGAGUCUCCUGCGGGAAAUGAGCGCCUGCUUCCUGGAGGACAUUGCCGUGUUCGCCACCCACAAGGUGUCCAGCCUGUGCCUGCAGAUGGCCCUGAGGGUCCUGCGCCUCAAGCUGCCCCAGGACUGCGCCCGGCUCUGCGAUGCCGUCGUCGACUACCUGAGCGCCUGCAACCCCUCCGCCGAGGGCAGCCCCCUGCUGCUGUUCCUGAAGGACCAGACGAGCUCCCGGCUCCUGGAGCAGGUAGUGCUGGUGGCGGAGCCGCCGCGGCUCCAGCGCCUUUUCGAGGAGCACUUCCGGGGGCAUCUGCAGGCCCUGGCCGCCCACCCCAUCGCCAACUUCCCCCUGCAGCGCCUGCUGGAUGCCAUCACCACGCCCCAGCUGCUGGCCCAGGUGUUCGAAGAGCUGAGCCCGGCGCUGGAGGCCGUCCUGGCCCAGGGCCACGUGGGAGUGGUGACGGCCCUCCUGGGGGCCUGCCGCCGCCUCGGCACCCACCAGCCCGAGGCCCUGCAGCUGCUGCUGGAGGCCUUCCACUGCGCCAAGCCGCCGUCGCGCCGGCAGGCCUGCCUGCCCCUCUUCGCCUCCCUGCUGUCGUACGAGGUCUACUACGAGCUGGGGGACGAAGAGACGCCCUCGGAGCACCAGGCGGAGGCGGCGGCGGCCCAGCCCCUGGCGGAAGUGACGGUCCCCGGGUCCCUGCUGGUCCAGCACCUGCUGCACUUCUCGGCCCCGGGGCCCGUGGUGGCCAGCCUGGCCGCCCUGACGGGGCCCCAGCUCCUGGCCCUGGCCCGCAGCCCCGCCGGCUCCCACGUCCUGGACGCCCUGCUCGCCAGCCCCACCGUGACGGACAAGCAGCGGCGGCGAGCCCUGCGCCCGCUCAAGGGCCACUACGUGGCUUUGGCCUGCAGCCGCCACGGGAGCCGCGUCCUGGAUGCCAUCUGGAGCGGUGCCACCCUGGGGGCCCGGCAGGAGAUCGCCGCCGAGCUGGGGGAGCGGGAACGGGAGCUGUUGAGCGACGCCUUCGGCCACCACGUCGCCCGCAACGUGGCCCUGGGCCACUUCCUGAAGCGGCGGCAGGACUGGGAGAAGCAGCAGGGCGCGGCCGCCAAGCGGAGACGGGCCUUGAGCGCCGUGCUGGGAGACUGAGCCCGCGGGGCCGGGGAACCGGAAAGCCCGUCAAUAAAUAUUUUUCUAUUUUAUUGGAA